AUGCCCCCCACUAAUACCGUCUCCGCUGUACUCCCCCUGCAGCCGGCGGGGGCUGUUCCCUGCGGGUGUGUGCGGGGACGGGACGGGGCUGGAGAGGGGGAUCGACGACACCCCCGCCCCGCUGCCCGAGGUGUGCGCACGGGGUGUUGCUCUGCGCGGGGGCCGGGGCAGUGGGCGGCGCGGAGCCGGGGCCGGUGCGGGUUGGGGUGUGGGGCCGGGCUGGGAGUACGGCGGGGGAUGGCGGCGGCGGCGGCAGAGGAGCUGCAGGAGCUGCGGGCGCUGGUGGAACGGGCGGGCGGGCGGCGGGCAGUGCUGUUGGUGGCCGAGGUGGCCGAGGGAGCCCCGGCAGCGCCCGCGAUGGCCGCCUUCGCCCGCGACCUCCUGGGCGACGAGGCGCCGCCCGCGCCGUGCCCGGUGCCGGGGUGCCGGUCGCGGCGGCGGCGGGCGGGCGGAGGGCGGCGGAGAGCGCUGGACGCGCGGCUGCUGCUGGUGCUGUGCGGGGCCGCGCGGGGCCGCGGGGCCCGGGCCCGCCUGCGGGAGGUGGUGCGGGACGUGCGGGGCCGCCUGCCCGCCGCGCCGCCGCCCGCCGUCGUGGGAGUCCUGCUGCCCGGCGGGGCCGGAGAGGACGCGGCCGUGCUGGACGCGGCGCUGCGGCGGCAUUUCCCGGAGCCCGGCACGGUGCAGGCGGCCCGGUACAGCCCCGGCUGCCCCGGCGAGUGCCGCGCCGCCGCCUGCCGCGCCCUGCGGGCCGCCCUGCAGCACCCAGCAGAAGAGGGGAAAGACAAGGAGAGAUGGAGGCUCCUAUCCUUCCUGCAAUGCCUUUCUUGGAAACAGAGGAGCUGGAGAAAAGAUCACAAAGCAAAAGCUGCAAACAACAUUCGUGAAGAUGACCUGCAGGACCCCGAGGAAGAAGUGGCUCUCACCAGCCUGUCCCCCAAUGGAAAGUGUGAAGAAGCUGCUGAAGGCACAGGCACCUAGAGCUGCUGAGCACCCAGCACAGUCCACAUCCCAGAUCUGCCCAGUGGAUUUCCAGCAGUGGGAGGAGGAGCUGGUGCAAUGCUCGCUCACCCUCUCCUCCAAGGACCCACCGCUCCGGGGAGAAGCUGCUUGGCUGAACUCCUCAGGGUCUUCUGGAGCUGCCGACAGCCUCUGGGGUCUGUGCCAGAGAGCCAUUCCCUGCUGUGCCUGGAGCUGCUGCUGGACACUGGGCUUCUGAGAAGCCCUUUGGGGAUGUAUCCCAUAUCCUGGGCAAGAUGACGUUGGGACUUUGAGCAUGAAAUGCAGCCGCCUGUUUGAAGAAUGAGGAGCGUUUUCUAAUUCUGAGCAAAGUUCCCUGCUGAGGCUGCCAGGGCUGGCGUCCCUGGCAGACCAAUGCUGCUGCCUUGUUUUCCUGCUUUAGUGGUGCUUUGAAGUUCCCACCCUCUUUGUGAGCAAGCCAAAAAAAAAAAAAAAAAAAAGGAAGACAAGUGGCAGAAUGGUGUGGAGACUGCAGUGGGACUAAAUGAGGUCCUGGAUCUACCAGCUACUGAAAAGGCUUGAGUGUAACGGUGUAACAUGAAGAAUGCAGUAGCAGCCCACUGUGGGCAGCAGGAAUAACAUAAAACAUAUUGAUAGCAAUGGCAGCUUGAGCAGAGUGUGGUUUGGGAGCGGGAUUCCUCUGGCUUGUCCUGGUGCUCACAGACUGGCUGAUGAACUGCCUGGGUUGGAGGGGUGGCAGGUGGACAGGAAGGUGUGGCUGGUGUUCGAUGUGGCUAUGGGAGAGGCCCAUCUUACCUGGGACACCUCCACAGCCAUGUGAUGGCAGAGCUUGGAGGUGACGGGCAAAACAAGAUGUGGCGGCUUCAUAAAUAAAUGUAUAAAAAUGAUCUAUUUAAGUAGUUCCAAAGGGCUGCCUGUAGCCUGUGUGGCAACACAAAUAAUUAUAAAUCCUUGAUUUAUGAGGAAUUUUACUCUAAUGCUAAUAAUACCUUUUUCAUUCUUACUUUAUGAAAUGUAAAACAUGCCUUGUUUUAUUUUUAGCACGAGCUGCUGGGUUUUGUUUGGGGCUGGCUGUCCUUUAAAAGUUUGAUCCAGCUCAGAUCAGAAACUUCAGCCUGUCAUGUCUUGCUUACCUCUUCUCUGGGUUAGCUGCUGAUUUGUGUCAGUACAUCCCCCAUGCAUGUCUGUCCCCUCUCUGGCUCCUUUUUUCCCAGUGGCAGAUGAAGUGCCUGCAGUCCUGCCAGCUCUGGCAGGCACUCUCUCCCAGCGCUGUGCCUUCAGUAUCUCUCUAGCUCUUACCUGGAGCAGGGGAUGUUUUUUUUUACCCAGCUCCACUCAUGACCAUGAUCACCAAUAUUUCUCACCAAACCAUAUUUCUGUGCCUCAGUUUCCCCACCAGUGGGAUGGGGACAGCAACACCUGCCAACCCCACUGGGGCAACACUGGUGCUCCAGUGGUAACACUGGAGCAGAGAGCAGCAGCUCUCGGGUUUGGAACUGGUGCCUUUAGUGAUGGUGCUGCUUUGCCCCUUGGGUGUCUGGGGUGUGUCUGCACAGCAGAGCCCAGGUCACUGGGCAGGUCUGUAUUUCCCAUAAAGCCCUUGGUUAGGUGAGUCCAGCAGGACUUGACACUGUGGUGGGGGGAAUCUUUUUUUUCUUGCAGCAUUUGGCCUUUGCUGCCAGGAAUUCAAUGCAGAGGUGGCCCAAGAGCACAGAUUUGCAGUUAAACUUACCUUGGUGCUGAAAAUCCAAUGGAUUUAUUUACUGGUAAUUUUUAGGUAAAUCAUGCAAGUUUACCCUUUCAGGGAGACUUCUGUGGAAGCAGAUGAACUGCCUGGGGCUUUAGGAGGUGUGAGUGGGAAUACUUUUGAUCAAAAGUAUUGUUUACCUUUGACUGAGGAAUAAAAGUGUCUUGAAUCCUU